AUGUCUACUUCCAUCAUCCAUCGGCUGAACGAAGACAUCCUCCUUGCCAUCCUCUCCUAUCUUCCAGGCCACGACGCAGUACAACUCGCUCGUACCUGCAAGUUCAUGUACGCGCUCUCCUGUCCAAAUUGUAGUGUGGAGAUAUCCCACCUGGAACAACACAAGGUAUCUCGGCUGGCUGAGGCGAUCUGUCGGCCUGGUUCUUCCUGCGCAGCCUACUUGGGAGAUCUCGGCAUCUCCCUGAUGUCAAAUAAAGACGAAGACAUAAGGGCCUUGGGCGAGAUCCUCAGGACUAUCAAGAGCCUCCGCAAGCUGAGUCUUUCCGCCGCGACUCAGAAAGGCUGGACGGAAUGCCCAUCGAUCAUCCACGCUCUCACUCAAAUGAAGGAUCUACGAGCACUUGAUUAUUAUCCAAUCUUCCUCGACGACGUACUUCCGAUGAUCCAGUCCAUCCCCUCGCCUAACCUCGUCAACCUCAGUCUCGGGUAUGAUGUGGUCUGCCAUCACGAUUUCGCUCCUCUGCUAUCGGCGCUCAAAUCAUUCCCCAAGCUCGUCAUCCUCACCUUGUAUAACUUCACUCCGGAAUUGGGCACUCUUGAUGCUAUUCUGACAUCAUCACUCCCGUCCAUCCGGCAUAUCGCCCUUAAGGCGGUCUCCAUCGCCGCCACGGACAUCCUCUACCUCUGCCCUAACCUCGAAACGAUCGAGCUCUCCCCAAGCCACGAAAGAAAGCACAUGCAAGGCCACACGGAUCAGACCCGGCCGAGAUGGCCCACCGGCAAGGUCUCCAGCUUCACCGUGGACAUCCGCCACGGAACGAGAUUCGGCGGGCUCGUCGUCCUGCUCCACGACGAACAGCUGCAGGAUAUCCUCGUCGAGCUGCUCGAGCGCCGCGCGAGCCCCGUCCCGUGCCUCGAGCUCGGUGGAGAUUGGGAGUUCACCCGCGACGGCGCCACCGCCGUCGACGCCGACACGUCGCGCCGCCUCGCGCGCCUCCUCGCCGCGCUCCAGCCGCGCGCUCUCACCCUCCCAGUGCACGCGGGCUACCAGAGCCCGGACACGGAUCUCGACGGCCGGAUGUGGAUCGCGGCCGCGCGGAGGCUCCCGCGCCUGCGCUCGCUCACCCUGCGCAGCGUCGGAGCGGACGACUGGGAGGUCCUGGCAGUGAGCCCGUCUGACGCGGAGCUCAUAGACCCCAUCUCCCUGGUGCGAGUCUCGCGGGAAACGCUGCCGGCGGCGCUGGCGCGGCUCCCGCUGCACUGCCUGUUCAUCGAUGCCAGCGCUCGCCCCGUGAACCCGUCGGACGGGCGCCGCAGGCGUGGCUCGCUCGAGCCCUACAUAGAGCUGAAGCGUGUAGAAGCGUUGGAUGCGCUCCCCGCGAACCUGCUUCCCGCGCUCACGGAGAUGCGCGUUCUGGGCAUCAAGGGGAUGGCGGCGCAACCCGCAGAAGCGUUCAACGACGCCAAGGACUCGGAGCUGUUGCUUCGAGAGCUGGAUGGGUGGAGGAAGCAGCACGCCGGUGAACGGAACACGCGGUGGUGGCGGGUCGAUGGGACAGGGGCGGAGCGGAGCUUGGUGGAGAUUUGGCGCGAGUACGGGGAGCAAGCGCAGAAACUGGUGGAAAACGGCGACGCGGACCUGGCCGACAUAUAUUUGGAUCGCUGCCGGUAUGAGCCUUGA